CGUUCUAAACUUUAGGUCAUUUUACAACACUGCGAGCUGGUAAUCGCUAACGAAAACAGCUGUUUUUGUUUUGAUUGGACACUGCGGCGUGUUAGCUCUUUGCAAACGGUUACGUGCAUUGGUUUUUCUGACUAUGAGACGUGUUUUGCUUAAGCUUUGCAGGCAAUACGAAGCAGCCGCUCUACACAGGCUGCAUGGUGCAUUGACUACUCCUUGCAAUGGCCGCAGCACCAGCAGAAUAUGCGCUAAUUCACGGUCGUUUGCGACAAAUAUUCAGGACAAGCUAAAGGUGGACCCCAAUCAGCGGGAGCGACCACACUGCAAUGUGGGCACCAUUGGGCAUGUCGAUCAUGGCAAGACAACGCUCACGGCGGCAAUAACCAAAAUUCAGUCGAGAAAAGGUUUGGCUGAUUACAUGUCUUAUGACCAAAUCGAUCGGGCGCCUGAGGAAAAGGCCCGCGGCAUUACCAUAAAUGCCUGUCACAUUGGCUAUGCGACCGCAGAACGCACCUACGCACAUACCGACUGUCCGGGCCAUGCGGAUUACAUAAAGAACAUGAUUUCGGGUGCAUCGCAAAUGGAUGGAGCCAUUUUAGUGGUGGCCGCCACUGAUGGACAAAUGCCACAGACUCGGGAACAUUUGUUGCUGGCAAAGCAAGUGGGCAUAGAGCGUAUUGUGGUGUUCAUCAACAAGGCGGAUCUAGUUGACAACGAGGUGCUGGAAUUGGUAGAGAUUGAAAUGCGUGAAAUGCUGUCGGACUUUGGCUUCGAUGGCGUCAACAGUCCAGUGAUAUGUGGCUCGGCGUUGCUGGCGUUGCGUGACGAUAUGUCCCCGUUUGGUGUGCCAGCAAUCGAGAAGCUGCUAGCGCACUGCGACUCGUAUAUACCAACGCCCACGCGGGAUACCCAAGCACCCUUUAUUUUACCCAUCGAUAACGCAUUUACGGUGCCAGGACGCGGAACUGUGGUCGUGGGAACUAUUAAGCGCGGCACCAUAGCCCGCAACGCGGACGCCGAUCUUCUUGGCUUUAGCCAGAAUUUGAAGACCAGCGUUAGUGAUAUACAGAUAUUCCGCAAGAGCGUGCCGCAGGCACUGGCCGGCGAAAAUGUGGGCGCCCUAUUGCGGGGCAUUAAAAUUUCAUCUGUGGAACGAGGCAUGCUGCUCUGCGCAACUGGCUCGGAGGAUAUAUCCAAUCACUUCGAGGGCUCCAUGUACCUGCUCUCACGUGCCGAGGGCGGACGCAGCAAGCCCAUGUUAUCCAAGUACAUACAGCAGCUGUUCAGUAUGACAUGGAAUCAACCAGCUCGCAUUGAUAUAAUUCCACAGGAGUCAAUGCUGAUGCCCGGCGAGCAUGGCCAGGUGCGUGUCACGCUGCUGCGCAAGAUGGUCAUGACACCCGGCCAGCCCUUCACCAUACGCGAGAACGGAGCCACUGUGGCAACGGGCAUGAUAACUAACCGAUUGCCCUCUCUUGACCUGCCCAAGAAUAAACUGUCCAAGGCACCUGUUAUUUGCUAAUAGCUUUUAUUGACGCAUACAAGUGUAAAUCGCCUUUGUACAAAUUCUCCGGUAUAAUUUCAUUGUACAUGUGUAUGAUUAUAUAUAAAUAUUUAUAUAUAACAUAAAGGAUUUAUCAUAUAACUUUUCAAGCAAAUGCCAACAGUAAAUAUUGUUUUCGUUUCUUUUUCAGUUUGAUUCAGCUAAGUUCCAUUUAGGGCACACGCUAACACACGUAAGUUAUAAAUCAAAAACAAAAAAAUAAUAUGAGAAUACAUAAAUCGAAUACAGCAUCGUUACAAAUAUAGCGCUCUACAUAUGUGUAUAUAGUUACAGGUAUAUAUAUAUAGAUUCUUAUUAUCUUAACACUUACAAGUCUGUAUUGCAAUCGAUUAAGGCAACAAAUCGGCCGUUGUAUACAUACAAUUCUAUAACAUUUCUACGAUCAUUAAGUACAUUUGCUAUACAUAAAUAUAUAGUUGUUGUAUAUAUAAAUAUAUAUAUAUGUCUCUUUUUUUCAGAUUUAUAAUUUAAGGUACAAGGUUAAUUAAUUAUUGCAACUUAGGAAUGAUAUUUUCUGUUUAAUGGAGUUGAACUCCAACCACAUGAUGUACAUACAUUUAAUUUUUUUCUUAUAAUUUCAUUGGUUGAGAACCCUUAACAAGUUUCGAAUGUCUGCAUAAAUAAGUUUACAAAAUUGGCAAAAAGUAGUCUGGCGGUCUGAAGGG